UGGGAUCUAGGGAAGCUUUAAUUUAUUCCCUUUGAUACAAGUGAUUAAAUUGCCCCUUGGGUAGUUUAAAUUGUAAUUGCUGAGUAAAUACGUAUGUUUGUCAGAGUUUGAAGGUCAGACAUCGCUCAGGAGGUCAGGCCUUUGUUUGGCCACAGAGCGGGUAUUGUGAGCUGCUGAAAUACCACCUUUGCCGCCCACCUCCCUUCCCGAUGACCUCCGGCCGACUUCUGUCCACUGUAGAUCAAAGGCAGGUGGCACAGAAUGUGGCCCUGUACACAGGCGACCCCAACCUGGGGCUGGAGCUGUUUGAGGCAGCUGGAGACAUCUUCUUCAAUGGGGCCUAGGAGCGGGAGAAAGCCGUGUCCUUCUACCGGGACCGGGCCCUGCCCCUGGCAGUGACUACGGGCAACUGCAAGGCGGAGCUGCGGCUGUGCAACAAGCUGGUGGCACUGCUGUCCACGCUGGAGGAGCCCCAGGAGGGCUUGGAGUUUGCCCACAUGGCCCUAGCACUCAGCAUCACUCUGGGGUACCGGCUGAACGAGCGCGUGGCCUACCACUGGCUGGCCGCCCUGCACCACCGGCUGGGCCACGGCGAGCUGGCGGAGCACUUCUACCUCAAGGCCCUGUCGCUCUGCAACUCGCCGCUGGAGUUCGACAAGGAGACCCUCUACUACGUGAAGGUGUACCUGGUGCUCGGUGACAUCAUCUUCUACGACCUGAAGGACCCGUUCGACGCAGCCAGGUACUACCAGCUGGCACUGGCAGCCGCCGUGGACCUGGGAAACAAGAAAGCACAGCUGAAGAUCUACACGCGGCUGGCCACCAUCUACCACAACUUCCUCCUGGACCGCGAGAAGUCACUCUUCUACCAGAAGGCCAGGACCUUCGCCACAGAGCUCAACAUCCGCAGGGUCAACCUGCCUCCUCUGCCACUCUGCGGGUGGGCCCCCUGGUUGGCCCCCAGCCACCCUCGCUGAGGACAGCAUCCGAGGGAGUGGGUUUUGUGCAAGGAGGAUGGUCUCCUGCCUCUCCUGGUGUCUCCCGUGGCUCAUUUUCUGGGAAAUGGAGGCAUGAAAGCAGCGUUCAAAUAGCAAUAAAUUUUUUUUUUUU